AUGGGUUCUAGCAGAAACAGCCCUGACAAAGCAACGCAUGGAGAUGAAGUGGAUGAACGGUUUGCGCUCAUCAGAGCCGGUAUUCUGGGUUUGGUUUUUGUGCUCGCAACAUGUGGGAAUCUUUUCUUCUUGGUAACACUUUGGAGGAAGAGAAAAAGAAACACGAGGACGCAGUUGUUUCUGUUACACCUGUGCUUGGCGGAUCUGGUGGUGGCGUUUUUCCAAGUGUUACCGCAGUUUUUGAUUGAAAUUACGCACAGGUUCCGCGGCACAGACUUUCUGUGCCGGUCCGUAAAGUACCUACAGGUGGUUGGGAUGUUCGCCUCCACGUACAUGAUAGUAGCCAUGACCAUAGACAGGUACCAUGCGGUGUGUAAGCCGAUGGUUUCAUUCUUAAAGAGCCCAUUUAGGAGAUAUUUGUCUAUAGGCGCAGCGUGGCUCAUCUCCCUCGCCUUUAGCUCUCCUCAGCUCUUCAUCUUCUCUCUCCGGGAGGUGGAGGAGAACCAGUUCGACUGCUGGGCGACAUUUAUCGAACCGUGGGGGAGCCGAAUCUACAUCAGCUGGAUCACACUGUCCGUGUUCGCCCUGCCUGCUGUCAUUCUGCUCCACUGCCAAGUGGGGAUCUGCACCACCAUUUACUUCAACAUGAAGAGGAAGGCGCUGCAGGCAGGGCGCGCUGGCACGAAGGGGGUGUCCAGUGCCAUGCUGAAGACUGUGAAAAUGACCUUUGUGAUUAUACUGGCAUACACAGUUUGUUGGAGCCCGUUUUUUGUUGUCCAGUUGUGGUCUGCCUGGAGCCCAUCGAGUGCGCCUACCCAAGGCCCUGUGUUUGCCAUCAUUAUGCUGCUGGCAGGUCUCAACAGCUGCACCAACCCUUGGAUUUAUCUCUACUACAGCUGAACCGUAUGGCGGAGCAUUUCAACUGAACCUACUGCAGAUGUGUCACAUCAAUAUGAAACUCAAGAUACAAUCCUGGAAAAGAAAAGAAUAUUUGGCAUCCAGUAACCAAACCAAAUGAUGGGUUCAGUAUGAGUCAAAGCACAGAGUGCGAUGGAAAAGCUCCUUUAUAAUAUUGUACAUUUGUAAAAUAUGAUGACUAUCUAUUGUCAACACUUCUGUGUUUAACAUCAUUUGUUUUUAGAGUAUUUUGUGGGUUUAAUGCCUAUGUUCCCAUUUUCAGACAAAUAUCUAUUAAUACCAGCAUAAGUCCCUUUUUCCCUAACUAUUCUACAUGGAACAAUACUCUACUUCAUUCAAUACUGUGGCAGACU